CAACCGCUUAAGUCACGUUGAAUGGAGACCCCAAAACUGUUAAGACACUAUUUUUCCCUCCUACCCCAAAUCGUCGCAGCCGGCUGAACUUGGUUGGUGUAUGUAUACAACACAUCCAACCCAAUUUCACCUGAUGCAUCCCGCAACAAGCGUGAUCCCUCUCCAAUAGCUCAAUCGACCAUGGAUCCUCAACAAAAUCACCAUCAAUACCAACAGUACCCGCAAUGGAUGAUGAUGAAUCAGAAUCAGCCCCACCCCCACAACAACCACCCCAACAGCCUAUGUAUUACCACCAACAACCACCGCCUCAGGCGACCGCGCCACCGCAGAAGCUCCAGCAACCAUAACCGCAAUACUCAGCCGCCACUCAGCCCGCUAGCGCUGACAAGAUCCGUUCCCUCUGGAUAGCACCGCCGGUCCCAAGGCGACCUCCCUCGCCUUCGCUACCGACUUCACAGGCCAAACCAUCGCUGGAUCGGAGCUUCGUCAAGAAGAAGUCGCCAAAGAAGACAGUUAUCCUCUCUCGACCCCGAUCACAGCCCGUUCCUUCUGAAACUCGCGCGUGAUACAACCACCGCCGGUGAUGGCCCGAGCAAGGCGUUGGACUACACACUCCGAGCUUCGAAUUUGUUCGAGCUGUGCGCCAUCAACGGUGAGCCGGACCUGACGAUAUGCCACAGCUCACCUAACCCCCGAUCUCAGGCCGUUCGUUUGAGCGUUUAAAGAGAGAUAAAGAGGAUAGAGAGAAUGUGUCGAAGGGAGAAAAUGACCCUUGAAAAUUUUGAUAUUUUAUAAUUAAAAUUAAUUAAAUAUUGUCGUUGUAAUUUAUUUUUUAAAAUACAACCCGCUCGAUCCAACUUUUAAAUUUUACAAUGUGACUUAGGUCAUAGGAGCCCUAAUGCGGGCUAUGCGUAAUCAUGCCCUACAUAGGCACAAAGGCCGAGGUCCAAACAAAUAAAGAGACAAGUCCAUUGGGCUGUUUUCUAAUAAACCCAAUUCUUCGUUUUUUACGUGUCCCUCUUUCGUGUCAAGUGAACCUUUCUCUCUAGAAGUCCAUGCCAUAAUGGGUCUUUUUUCAACACAACCCAAUACUUUUUUCCUGUCCCCCUUCUGCCAAGUAAAGAGCUCCCCCUCCCCCCUCCCCGCUCUCUCUCUCCUCCUCUCAGCGUUGAUUCGACAAUUGGAUAUCUCUUUGAAUAUUGUUGUCUCAAGUAUUUUGUAUGGCCGGAACAGCAUGUUUUAUGAUUGUUAGUAGGAAUGACAUUCCUAUAUAUGAAGCUGAAGUCGGUGCUGCGCCUAAAAAAGAAGAUGCUGCACAUCAACACCAAUUCGUAUUACAUGCAGCGUUGGAUAUUGUCCAGGACCUCGCAUGGACAACAAGUGCUAUGUUCUUGAAAGCAAUUGACAGAUUCAAUGAUUUGGCAGUAUCGGUUUAUGUUACUGCAGGUCAUACGCGGUUGAUGCUACUUCAUGACACUCGUAAUGACGAUGGAAUUAAAAGUUUCUUUCAAGAGGUCCACGAGCUAUAUAUAAAGAUUCUUCUGAAUCCUCUAUACUUACCUGGUUCCCGCAUUACUUCAUCGCAUUUUGAUACAAAAGUUCGAGCCCUUGCAAGAAAGUAUCUGUAAGACCAUUUCUCAUCUGCUAGGCCAAGAGCUUGGUAGAGUGAGGUGCUAACGUGCUAUGGUGGGACAGGUUCACCAUUCUCCAAAUUCUCAAUUCAAUACCCUUUCCACUUGAUCUUUCACUGUUGUCCCCUGUUGAAUUCUCUUAACUUUUCUAAUGUGGUGUUCAGUUUUAUUUAAUAAAGGAAUACACCUUCGAAGGCUUUGCUGGUAUCUGCAAUGUUAAUAAUUUGCCAGACAUUUAAUUUUCAUUGUUUUCAUUAAGUUGUAUACAUGCAUAUUAAUAUUUGACAGUUUAUUUAUAUGUUUAGAGUGAUUUGCAGUUGACUAA